CGCCUCACGUCCUCACGAUCAAAGCCAGACCAAUAGUGGACCCGCUCGACUCUGACGUCAUUCGGCAGCGGCUGAUAGACACGUGCAGCUCAGAGAAGCAGACGUACUUCAUAGCGACGCUGUUCAUCAUUCAGGGAAUCCUGCUGUUUGGAGGAGCGUUCAUAGCCUACGAGACUCGCAAGGUGAAGGUAGAGGCAUUGAACGACUCGCAGCUGAUCGGCGUCUGCAUCUACAACGCCGUCGUUCUGUCGUUCAUGGGCGUCGCCAUAACGUUCAUCCUGCCCGACAACCCGCCCGUCAAAUACGGCCUCGUCUCUAGCUUCAUCAUCGGUGGAACUACGUUUACAGCCUUCCUGCUCUUCUUACCCAAGCUGAGACGUCUGCGAAGCCUAAACGUGCAGGUUGACGUCACGCCGACGGAGGCAGGCGUGAGUAAGAUAACCGUGACCGCCUUCUCACAGAGAUCAGCCGCCGUGCUCGCUAUAGAACUGAAGAUCUGCAAGGACCGCCUGAGAGAGUGCGAGACUAAGCUUGAGGCUAAGAACAUUCUUAUCGCUGAACUGGAAGCACGAGUUCCGGGAGCGCCUCCGGACAGGGAAGAAGAGUGGGUUCCGUAA